AGAAGAAGCAGCACAGAACUGUCGGAGCCAUAGUAAUAUUUUUUUUCUAAGAACUGAUCAUUUCUGGGGAGACUUGCAUCAACUAUCAAAAUGAAGAUACUGGUACUUUUAGUCAUACUUGCAGCCCUUCUAGUAGAAACCCACCAAGAAGAUGCUCAAGUGGAUGCUGAUACUAACACUGAAGACGUUGAGGGCAAUGGUUCAAAUAUGAACAAUGAUUUAGAGGGUAACGAUGAUGGUGACGUUACUGAGACGGAAGGAGAAACUGGAGAUGGUGAGGACAAUUCAAACACUGGGGGAGAUGGAACUGCAGAUGAUGGGGCCAACUCAAAUGCUGAGGAAGAUGAAAAUGCAGAUGAUGGGGCCAACUCAAAUGCUGAGGAAGAUGAAAAUGCAGAUGAUGGGGCCAAUUCAAACGCUGAGGAAGAUGAAAAUGCAGAUGAUGGGGCCAACUCAAAUGCUGAGGAAGAUGAAAAUGAAGAUGAUGGGGACAAUUCAAACGCUGAGGAAGAUGAAAAUGAAGAUGAUGGGGCCAACUCAAAUGCUGAGGAAGAUGAAAAUGAAGAUGGUGGGGCCAAUUCAAACGCUGAGGAAGAUGAAAAUGCAGAUAGUGAGGCCAAUUCAAACGCUGAGGAAGAUGAAAAUUCAGAUGGUGGGGCCAAUUCAAACAGUGAGGGAGAUGAAAAUGCAGAUAGUGAGGACAGUGGGGAUAAUGAAGUUGGUGUUCAGAGCUUUGAUGGUACAUCAAAUUCCGAAGGUGGCAACAUAGAUUCAGAUAGCAACAGUGGCAGUGACAAUGAUGGUGAUGAAAGCAGUGCUAGUAAUGAGGAAAGUAGCAACAGUGAAGGAAGCUCUGGAGGAAGCUCUGGAGGAAGCUCUGGAGGAAGCUCUGGAGGAAGCUCCGAAGAAAGCGUAGAGAUGAAUGACGGAUGUUGGACUGCAUGGUUUAAUAGAGAUGAUCCCAGUGGAUCAGGAGAUUGGGAGACCCUAGAAAAUCUUUACCACGAAAACCCCGGGAUGAUCUGCAAGAGGCCACUUCGUAUUCAAGUCAGGACUACAUCUGGGCAGAGUGUAUCUUCAACAAAGGACGUCAUUGCAGUGUAAGGGUUUUAAUACAUCAUAGCAAUUUUGUUGAAUGAGUUGUUUUCAUUUCUUUUAAAUGAUUGAAUUCUCUUCAACAGGUCAGACACACACAACGGCUUUGUCUGUAAAAACGCAGACCAGGAGUCAGGUUCAGAGUGUGAAGAUUAUGAAGUCCGUUUCCUCUGCCCUCAAGAGUUUUGUCAAGUGUGCUGGACACAGUGGUUUAACCGAGAGAACCGUGGUGGCAUUGAAGACUGGGAACUCCUGUGUGACUUGAGAGCUGAAAAUCCUGGACAAAUCUGUGAACGGCCACUUUACAUUGAAACUCAGAACCAGCUCAACACUGAAGCUUGUGGCUGCCACAGCUGUAACCGAAACAAUGACUACAAGGUCCGCUUCGGUUGUCGAUGUAGUGUUUAGACAUCCCUGCAUCUACAGUUAACAUUAAAACAAAUCAAAUCAAUAGCAUUACUUCUUGAUUCUAUGAUUCUUCUUUAGUUCCUGUUGUAAUAAGUAAGCAGAAUUUGUAUUGAAAAUAUUUUGUUAAUAACUGGUGUUUACAUGUCCUUUGGGCUCAAUAAUUAAUUUGAUUAAUUUAUUAAUAAUUGUUGCAAAUUUAUUUUCUGUUAAAUUAUUUUGUAUGAAACAAUAAACAAUGAUUGUAAUUACAACU